GAACAGAAUACACACCUCAAGACACACUCGAAGACACACUCGAAGACAAACUCGAACAGCACCACGCGCUGGACACCCUCCAAGAUGACUACCAAUACCAGCACGAACCACAACCACGGCAGGAGCACGGGCCGGUGUUUCGCGAGCGAACGGGCAAGACAGCCCCCGCGCUCGCACAACAGCAACCGACGCCUCCGGGACAGAAACCGGAGCCACCGAACCAUCAGCACGCUGAGCAGCGGAAGCAGCUUUCGUUCCGACUACAGCGGGGACAGCACCAGCGGCUCUUGCGUUUCCUUCUUUACCUCUUCCACGACACCGGCGGUGUGCUUCCACCACCCCGAGCACGCCACCAAGAAGAAAAGCGGCAGCCGCAGUGGGCAACUGCAACAGCAACAGCACGCCUCCGUGGUCUGCUCCCGGUGGGAAACCCAAGCCCCCGGUUCCGAUUCGGAAGGGGGGCUGAAACCGGUGCGGAAACUCUCCCAGGACGGCUUCAACGACCGGGAUUCCUCGGCCCUGCUCAUCAUCCGGGACGCCCUUUGGGCGUUGAACAGCACCGCCGAUGGAAGCCACGGCGGAAGCACCAACGGCAGAGACAGCGGGGCCGGGAGGGGCCGGGUCUUCCACUCGUUCGACGACGACCUCGAAGACGCCACCGAAUGGGAGGCCGGGCGCCCGAGAACGAGUGGAAGCGCUUCCGGAGAGGCCCACGAGCACCGCUCUCCGGCCCAAGAAACCGCAUGCGGCGGAGCGGGUGCCCACGAACGCCCGGCCGGAACCGAAGGCCGUUUCGGUGCCCUGUUGAACCAGAGGCGGAGGCCCGCGGAAGGCGUCCGGCCUCUUGCCCGCCACAAAACACGCAAAGCAAGGGCCGCACGAAUUCCACCACCACCACCAGCACGAACCACACCGCCCACACCACCCAUUGCGGGCGAGCCCCUCCUGCCCACCGAGAGCUCGCGGUGGGAGGCCUCGUCGUCGUCUCUCUCGGUCUCGCAGUCGGUCUCGGUCUCGUCCCCCGAGAACACAAGACCAUCCCACGGGCCGUCCCGCCCGGUGGACUACCCUCCCCCGCCGCCGCUCUUUUCCUUCGAGCGGCCCCUCUCCCCGCCGGCCGAAGGGGGGGAGGCCCCGAGCGAUCCCCAGGGGUCCUUCCGGGACCGGAGGAACCGCCACCCUUGCCCCCUUGCGGGCCCGGGGGAAACCAGGAACCAGAACUCGAACUCGAACACGAACACGAACACAAACACGAACUCGAACACAAACACGAACACGAACCUUCACCAUCCCUCGGUCACCCCGCCCUCCAUUCCCCGGAGGCGCCGGUCUCGGGAUUCGCACGAGCCACCGCCGAGAACCACCAAGAACCAAGCGGGUGCAACGCGACGAAGGCAACCACGGGAGCCACAACAGCAGCAGCAGCAACAAAAACAAAAACAACAGCAGCAACAAAAACAACAGCAACAACAACAACAACAACAACAACAAGAACAACNGUUACUUGUGGUAGUAUUAGGAGUACUACUACCAAUUCUACUAGUGGUAAAAGAUAUGAAGUCCUUACAAAAAAUGAAUAAUGUUGUUUGGUCAAGUGUGAUUUACUACUGUAUUUGUGCCAUUUAUUUCUUUACUAGUAGUGGUUCUACUAGUAUUGGGCUGCGCUUCUGCUCUUUGUUCCUCUUCCUCCUACACUUCCUCCUUCCUUGUUGCAUUCCUACUGCUGCUAUCAUCUCCAUCACUUCUAUUGGAUCUCUUUCUUGAACCAAUCACAUCCACAAGUAUUCCCAUUACCAGCACCACCAGUACUACUACUGCUGGUGGUGGCAUUAGUACUAGUACUCCAAUACACUUAAAAAGGUACACUAAAGAUCCAUUUGAUACUUGACAAAAUGGUAUAUUCAGAAUCCUCAUAAAAAACUGGUGUAGACAGUGUCUUCAAAAAUUAYWUUAUUACYAUUUUUKAUAAAGUYAUGACUACUUAAAAGUUGGAUAGUUUUACUAGUAUUAUGCAGUAAAAAUUAGAAUUAUAAAAAWUCCUUGAGCUGAUUUUUUAAUUUUGGGACCGAGGAUGGAAUAUGAUUUUUGAUUUUUCGUUGCUGCAAAAUCUUAGCCAUGGAAAAUCGAUGCGCACCCCUCUAAAUUUAUGACCCCUGUUUGGGUACGAGUACGAGUUGGUACUCGUACUCGUACCGGACGGCCCAGUGAAACGUAAUUUCAAUUGAUCCCCAACGCGUAGUACCCUAGUAUGGUUGGUAUCAUACGUAUCAUUUUUCGUUUUCACUCGAGACGAAGGCCAACCAUUCGAUUUUUGUCAGAGGGAUAGUCUGUUCCUCGCUCCAAUUACCUCGUUGAUGCCUCCAAUCAACGUGAAGAAGAAUGCACGGAUCAAUCAAUCAUUGAUCAACCAACAUUUCAACAGAGCAAAUUUGCAUCCUGUCGCUCUUUUGCAUCAAACCAAAACAGCGAGCGAUCUUUUUUCUAGGUGGUCAGUAGCAUCGAACAGACACAUGAAACUACUCUAGCUACAAGCAAGUAUUCAAGGCAUUCAAUUUAUUACUAGAAGUAUUAAUUACUAACAAUCAUGUCGGACACGGAAAUGAAAAGUCCGAAGAGUGCCAAAAAGUCCAAAAAGAGCGACCGAACCUCCUCUGCUUCGGCUGCCGAUGCAGCCACUAGCGGAAAAACCUACGAGGAACGGGUUGCCGCCGUCAGCGUUAUCGCAAAACCGCUGGCUUGCAAGAAAUCCACCAAGAAGGCCCACAAACUGGUCAAAAAGGCUGCCACCGCCAAACGUAUCCGGCGGGGUGUCAAGGAGGUUGUAAAGGGACUUCGCAAGGGCGAAGGUGGCUUGUGCGUAUUAGCAGGUGAUAUUUACCCGCUGGAUGUUUACAGCUUUYUGCCGUGCUUGUUAGAAGAAAAGAACGUCCCAUACAUAUUCGUUCCCUCAAAGCAGGAUUUGGGAGCUGCUGCCUGUACCAAACGACCUACCUCGGUUGUGUUGGUGAAAGACAAGGCAGACAAAAAAGCUGGCGACAAAAAAUUUGAUGGACAGGACUUGAUGGAUACAUUAUUGAAGGAGGCGAGAGAAUAUAAUCCCGUUGAUGGAAAUUAAAGAGGGAUGUUCAGUUACGAAUUGAUUUUGUUUGGACUUGAGUUGCGUUUUGUAAUGGAAUUGAUUCGAUAGGGAAUGAAWUUCUCAGGCUUCGAUAGCGUACAACAAAAAAUACCGAGGGGAAAAGAAGGACAAGGGUUCACCAGAUCUGUGCCAUAGUAACUACGGUGAACAGACGGAAUCAGUCGUAUCGUUUAAAGAAAUGCGGCAAUGAAACGAUGGAAAAAGAGAAAUUAUGCCAGGCGGUGCCAAUCAAUACAUUGCUGGGAUGAAAUAUGAUAAGCCAUUGUAGUGCUGUGUAUGCAUACUAGAAAAACACUUACAGUGGCUAUGGGAGAGAUCCAGUAGUGGACUGUAUUGCGAACUAUUCUAUCUUAUUUUUUUCUCGCUAGACAUAUUUUUAAACAAUUGUACAGAAUCCCCUUCAAAGAGGGUAAAGAAUGAGUUUACCAUUGAUUGCAAAUACUAUCACACAAAUGAGACUUGUUAUCUAGACCUACUUGGCGAUAUGGAAUGCUGUGCACAAGUGCAUCCCGUGCUAACAUAUGAGUGCUAUGCUAGUUGCUGAGAGGGAUGCAAAAUCAACAUCAGCAACAAUCGGCAGCAACACUAGUACUACUAAUAAUUACCAUUACUAACA